UGGCUAAGUUUUCCGGACUCUGCUUUGUGUUAGAAAUUGCAUUUCUGAACUCUGGUAUCGGAGGCUGGCCAGGUUAGCGGCCGGCCUCGAGUAAACAUUAGCAGGCGCUGUGAGGAGGCCUUUACAAGUAGGAGAGAACGGUCUGAUGGAACAGUAAACUAGUAUUUAGUAUGAGUGAAGGAUAAGUAACCGGCGGAGGGGCAAUAUGAACCUUUGACCGAGAAAUGGGAAACGACAAGUGGGACGUGAUGACCGGCGGGGUGGGCGGGGUUUAUGGAAACGGAGAUUUUUUAAGUACUCUUAAUAAUGACAGUUUGUUUGGGACUAAAUCAAAAGCCAAGACAAAUGGUAAACUUGAUCCUUUGGCCUUUGGAACUCUUGACGGUGAAGAUGAAGAGAAGAAGAGUGAAGAGGAGAAAGAGGAAAUUGAAAGCGAUGUUGAUGAUUGGCCCACAGCUCCACCUGUAGAUUAUUUAGAACGGGUUCAGGGGUAUGAGAUGGUUAGUUUUGAUACUGUGAGUGUCCCUCCCCCCGUCCCCCUCCCUCCGUCGGAUGAUGAGGAAGGAGAAGGAGAGAAGAAGGAGAAGAAGGAGGAACCUGUCAACAAAGUUGUUCUAACUCCGGAAUCAAUCCCUAGUCUAACUCAAGUUCAGGCUCGUGAAGCUUUGCUGACACAUGUCUCUAACAAAUGCUGCUACGGAAGUGGAACUGCCAAACAAAUGGGAAUUACAAAUAUGGACUAUGUUCCCGCAUUUCAUUACGAACUCCAAACAUUUAUAGAGAAACGUGAAACAAGUUGGACCUAUGCUCCACAUAAAGGUGGAGAUGUGGAUAGUCCAGCUAGAGGACCUGCUCCACUUCCAUGGGAUAUAGAAGAAAACCCUUCUCAGAUGUUCAAGGAUGAGGUUCGAGUGGUAACAGUUCCUCACACAGGAGUAGUUAAAGCUUGUCAUAAAUGCCGAGGAACAGGAGGGAUGGUCUGCAGGGACUGCUCAGGGAAGGGAUGGGUUCGGUGUCUCCACUGUCACGGAGAUGUCUAUUUAUCAGACGGAGGAAGCUUGGGUCGAGAAAGAUGUUAUUAUUGCCAACACAGUAAACAUGGACAUGGACAACAGGACUGCUCCAAGUGCCAGGCUAAAGGAAAGGUGAGCUGUGCUACGUGUGAAGGAAGUUGUCACAUUCGUUGCUAUAUCCAGCUCUCUAUCACGUGGAGGGUCGUCACCGCAGAGCAUAUUGUGGAGAAGCUUAACAUGCCUGAGGAUCUUAUCAGGGAUGUAUCGGGUCAGGUUGCCUUUGAAGAAGACGGAGAGAGAGUUGCUCCAGUGGAUGCAUUUAAUGAUGAAAUAAUCAAGAUGGCGUCGUCCCAGCUUGUUACCAACCAUGCCGCAAACUAUUUAGACAAUAGAAUACUACGUCAGCGCCAUCAAGUACGAAUUGUGCCUGUGACGAAGGUUAUGUAUGAAUGGAAAGGUCGAGGGAAGGAUUUCUAUGUGUAUGGAUAUGAAAAUAAGGUUCAUCUGCCUAGGAGUUCAUAUCCUCAAUCCUGCUGCUGGGGAUGCGCGAUCAUGUAGAAUAAAACGCGGCAUUCAAGAAUUCUGUCAAGAAUUAGGAAAUUAAUAGUUCUAUGUGUUUAGCUUUAAGUAUUUAUUUGGUUGGUUAAGGAGUCCAAGAAUACGUAUGCAAUCAUAAAGAUUUUACACCUGAAA